AUGAGCUUUCAAAUAAUUCUUCGUGAGGGCAUCCGUGGUGGGUUUGUUGGACCUACAACAAGAUAUGCAGUUCAAAUCCAAGGCGACAAGUCAGGAGCAACUGUUACGCAGUCAACCUUGAAACCAGACUCAAAGACAGAUUAUAAUACGAUGGCUGGUGGUGCUUCAUUUGAAGACUUGGCUAAUCUCGUACAAAUUUUAAAGGACCAACUUUCCAAGUUACCCACAGAACAACCUCCGGGUAGCGAAGAUAUCUAUGACUUAGAUACCUCAAUUAUUUUUGCCUGCGAUGAUUUCGAAUGGUGCAAUGGUGGUCCAGGAGGCUGUGCACAAGGUCAAUCGUCUGUAAAAGCAACCGAAGAACAAAAGGAAAAGUUUAAAGAAUUGGUAGAGUUAUUGAAAGGUGUUGGUCAAAACUUUGCUAUUUCAGCCGCGUGA